AUGGUUCUCGAAAAUGGUUGUUUUCUCAUGAAAGGAAACCUUUGGUUGACUGGCAUAUUUCUGAAGGCGAUACCGCCGUGCGCUCUUCGUCUCUUUUGGUUCACGAUUGCACUUAUUGCCCGUAUGAAAGAGAAUAAAGAGAAGCGAAAAAAGCUGUUGAAAAGCCGAGACGACAAAGGCAAACGUGAUGUCACCACCUAUAUGUUGGUAUUCAUGGUUACCGUGUUCCUUGUUACCGAAUUGCCACAGGGCGUUAUGGCUGUGUUGAACGCUCUCUACACGUCCCAGUUCCAUGCGUACGUAUAUCUAGCGCUGGCCGAUGUACUUGAUCUCUUAUCGCUGAUAAACUGUUACGUAGCAUUCCUUGUGUACAUGUGCACAUGCUCACGUUAUCGACAGACGCUGCUGUCGAUCCUGCCAGCAAUGCCGUAA